AUGCACCAUACCCGCCCGUUGCUUCCCUCCUGUGAUGGUUCUGGUGUUCCUGCCUCCCCGGCAUGCACCAUACCCCCCCAUUUCUUCCCAUCUUGCAUCCUUUCUGGCGCAUCACACCAGGAGCGAGCGCUGGUGAAGCAGUGGAUAGACGUUGAGGGGCACACCGCCUCCCCUCCGGUGAUGGACCGAGCUUUGGUGAAUCAGUGGAUAGACGUUGAGGGGCACACGUUCUCACCUCCGGUUAUGGUUCUGGUGUAUGAGAGAGUGUUCAAGCCCCACUUGCACAAGCGCCCGUGCGAUGAGGAGAGAUGGAAGGAGGCAAGGGAAAAGGUGAGAGGAAGGGUGGAAAGGAGAAGGGCGUUUGGGCUUUUCUCUCCUCUAGUGGUGUAUGAGCGGGUGUUCAAGCCCCACUUGCACAAGCGCUAA